AUGAACGCCCAGUAUACAUUCUCCAAGUGGAAGUCUGUAUCAAUUGAAUGGAGAUUAUAUGCAGCGCUGCAGCUGCGGCAGCACUACCUACCAAGAGCAGCCCCGAUGUCCGUAUUCAGCAAAAUGCGCGAUGUAUGCGACCAUUCCCUCAGUUUCUGUUGUCUGACUGGGAAUUUCACCAACACAAGUGCACCCACUGGUGGUGCCCACUGGACCUCCACCACUUCACAGCCACACAACAGCCAGUCUAACAAGCAGUCAGUCUCCUACAACAGGAAUGGGCCGACUAGUUCCAGCACCUCACGGGGAGCCAGGCAACUGCCGGACAGUGCCUCAGCACGCAUGGUCGGGACCGAAAGACUCGUCGUCAAAAGACCCGUCUACCUUCCGCUUGGAGCCUCUUUGUCCCUCAUCUACAACCGUAAAGUACCAAGACAAACCCUGUCGAGUGGUCGGCCCACUUUUGCUAGCGCAUGGACCCUCCAGCUGCUACUUUCAUAG